CGCCACCUCCCCUCCCUCGCCGUGGCCGCUCCUCUCCUCCCCUCCUCGCCGUACUGCCUAUCCUCUUCCCCACGACGCGACGGCUGCGGCGAUUCGGCCUCAGCUACCCCUCUCCGCCUCCGCCGGACGCGCUUGCUUGCAACUGAAGAGCGACGCGUCGGCUCGAACCCCCAAGUUUGUUUGUUGCAGAUUUGUUCGAUGCGUGCUGGGGCACAAUCGUGAAAGGAAGAUAUUGUAGCGCCACCUGAUUGGUAGUACUUCGAACGAUAGGAUUUUGCUUCGACAGGUGACCGUAUUGCGAAUGGAAUAUGCACACAUGACGUGUUAGGUAAUGACGAGCUUGCCUGAUAAGGGUGUAUCGCCGUCUUCAUCCGAUCCGUUGUCCGAGGGUAACGCUGCACCUUCUCAUUCUAGCUCGGGGCAGGAGGACCCUAGUUUGAAACAAUCGAAAACCUCGAUCCUGUCCUGCGUUUUCAACUCCCCUUUCAAUAUAUUUGAGGCGCACCAGGAUUCGCCCGCAAACAAGUCGCCGAAAUCAUCCUCUGGAUCCUAUGGUUGGUCAAGGGUUUUGAGGAGGAUCGUGUGUACGGGCUCAAUGUGGCGGUUUCUGGGUGUCUCCAAGGUUCUCACCUCAAGUGAUGUGUGGUUCCUUGGUAAAUGUUACAAGCUGGUGUCCGAGGAGUCAUCCAGUGACUCAGAUUCCGAAAGUGGGCAUGCUGCAUUUUUAGAGGACUUCUCAUCAAGGAUAUGGAUCACUUACAGAAAAGGUUUUGAUGCCAUAUCUGAUUCCAAGUAUACUAGCGAUGUGAAUUGGGGCUGCAUGGUUAGAAGCAGCCAGAUGCUGGUUGCUCAGGCAUUGCUUUUCCACCAUCUUGGAAGGUCUUGGAGAAAGCCCUCACAGAAGCCAUAUAACCCAGAAUAUAUAGGGAUCUUACACAUGUUUGGUGAUUCUGAAGCUUAUGCUUUCUCGAUUCACAAUUUACUUCAAGCUGGAAGGAGUUAUGGUCUAGCAGCUGGAUCAUGGGUAGGUCCAUACGCUAUGUGCCGGGCGUGGCAAACCCUUGUCCGCACCAACAGAGAGCAAAGUGAAGUUGUAGAUGGGCAUGGAAGUUUUCCUAUGGCUCUUUAUGUGGUAUCUGGUGAUGAAGAUGGUGAAAGAGGUGGAGCUCCAGUUGUUUGUAUUGAUGUUGCUGCUCAGCUUUGCUGUGAUUUCAACAAAGGUCAAUCAACCUGGUCACCGAUUCUUUUGUUGGUCCCUCUGGUUCUUGGUCUUGACAAACUUAAUCCCAGGUACAUACCUUUGCUAAAGGAGACAUUUACAUUUCCUCAAAGCUUGGGCAUUUUGGGUGGAAAGCCUGGAACAUCUACCUACAUUGCUGGGGUACAGGAUGACAGAGCGCUCUACUUGGAUCCCCAUGAAGUUCAAAUGGCAGUUGAUAUUGCAGCUGAUAACUUAGAGGCAGACACUUCCUCAUACCACUGCAGCACCAUGCGAGAUUUGGCCCUAGACCUGAUAGAUCCAUCAUUGGCUAUUGGUUUUUACUGCCGUGAUAAAGAUGACUUUGAUGAUUUCUGCUCUCGGGCGUCUGAGCUAGUGGAUAAAGCCAAUGGAGCACCACUUUUCACUGUUGUGCAGUCGGUUCAACCGUCAAAACAAAUGUACAAUCAGGACGAUGUAUUGGGCAGCUCAGGGGAUGGCAUGGUGGACAACAUCAAUGUUGGGGACCUCGAUGGCUCUGGUGGAACAGGGGAGGAGGAAUGGCAGAUUCUUUAGCGAAGGAACAAAACUGAUUUCAUGAGGAACCGAAAACGUUGUGUCCCAACACGUCGGUUGAGUGCCCUUCAUCAUGUCUGGGUUAAUAGAAACGACUCGUUAUUUUAGAGUGUGUACAGAACAAGCUGGACUGUCUCAAUACCCAGUGGAGUUGGGAAAAACAGCGUUAGGUGCUAGCGAUGUAAAAUGUGAUCAGUUCAUCGCUCAUUCGUUGGGGAUCUCUUUGUAUCAUACAUGCUCUUGUGGUUGGCUAUAAGCCUAUAACUCAAUGAAUUUAUUACACGUUCUUCUGUUACCAUGUUA